AUGGCGCCGAAAAUUGAUCUCAGGAAUAUCAAGACCCCUAAGGGCACCAGGGACUGGGAUGGCAAGGACAUGGUCAUUCGCCAGAAGAUCUUCCAGACCAUCACCGACGUGUUCAAGCGCCACGGAGGCGUGACAAUAGAUACUCCCGUGUUUGAGCUGAGGGUAAUGAUCCUUGUUCUUGGGGUAGAGUCCAUGUAUGGCGAGGACAGCAAGCUGAUCUACGACCUCGCUGAUCAGGGAGGAGAGAUUUGCUCAUUACGCUACGAUCUUACCGUCCCAUUCGCCAGGUGGCUCGCCAUGAACAAAACCGUCCAGAAUAUCAAGCGGUAUCACAUCGCCAAGGUUUACCGGAGAGAUCAGCCUGCAGUCACGAAGGGUCGCAUGAGAGAGUUCUACCAGUGCGAUUUCGAUAUCGCUGGUGCCUACGACUCCAUGAUCCCCGAUGCCGAGAUCCUACGAAUUAUUGUCGAAGUUUUCGAGGGUCUAGGCUGGAAGGGCAACUUCACUAUCAAGCUGAAUCACCGCAAGAUUCUGGACGGCAUAUUCGAAGUCUGCGGUGUUCCCCAAGACAAAAUUCGAACGAUAUCAAGUGCUGUUGACAAGCUCGACAAGUUGCCUUGGUCUGAUGUCCGAAAGGAGAUGGUCGAGGAGAAAGGCCUACCCGAAGAUGUCGCAGAUCGAAUCGGCGAGUGGGUUGUGCUGAAGGGCGCCGGCACCCUAGAGAAAUUACAAAAGGAUGAAAAGAUGGCCGCAAACGAGUCGAUGAAGGCCGGAAUGGCGGACAUGGAGCGUCUCUUUGCUUAUAUGGAGUGCUUCAAAGUUUCGGAUGCGGUGUCAUUUGACCUCUCACUUGCACGAGGACUGGAUUACUACACAGGAGUGAUUUAUGAAGUCGUCACGGAAGGAUCAGCACCGAGCGUUGCCCCUUCAAAUGAGAAGAUUGAGGCCGUCAAGGCGCCAAAGAAGAAGAACUCGAAAGAUCCUGAUGAGGACCGUUCUAAUGAUCCUAGCGUUGGAGUGGGUAGUAUUGCUGCUGGCGGACGAUACGACAACCUUGUUGGCAUGUUUGGCAAGACUCAGGUCCCUUGCGUCGGUAUCUCAUUUGGAGUCGAUCGAAUCUUCAGCGUGAUCAAGGCAAGACAGGCAGAGAAGAAGGACCAGAUCCGUGCCAAUGAAGUUGACGUCUUCGUGAUGGCCAUGGGAGGCAAAGGAUUUACUGGAAUGGUGCAAGAGCGCAUGUCAAUCUGCGCGAAACUAUGGGAGGCAGGCAUCUCGGCCGAGUUUCUCUACAAAGACAAGCCGAAGUUUCAAAAUCAGUUCAAGGCUGCAGAGGCCAAUGGCGUUCCGUUUGCGCUCAUUCUAGGAGAAGACGAGAUGGCUCAGGGCCAAGUCCGCCUCAAGGAGAUGGGUCUGCGAGAGGGGCACCCCGAGAAGGAUGGUGUCCUAAUCCCUCUUGUUGAUGCCGCUGUGGAGAUUAAGCAGCGUCUGGCAAGGAAACACAAGGUGGACGAGUUGACUGCACAAGCGGAGGGUCUGCGUGUUGUAGAUGGUAUCAAGGGCGAGGAUGUCAAAGCUGCGGAGGGGGUAGCGGUGACCGCUGAAGGAGAAGCUGCUAUACCGGCAACGGAGGCGGCAUCAACAGAACCGCCAAGCUCGGCUCCUGCUUGA